CAUCUUGUUAUACUUGACUUUGGUAUCAAUCCAAGUUAUUUACUUUUCCCAACUCUAGCAAUUGGUAGUAACUGAUAAAAAUAUGUUUUGCUGUUUCCCCUUAGAGCAUGUUCCUUAGAACCAAGGAACAAGAUACAGAAGAAAAGUAGACAGCUUGAUCUCAGCUCAAAAAAAGAAAUUGCCAACCCCACUUAAGAUUGCAGGCAUAAUCAUAUGGGAGUUUCUUUUAUUUUAUUAACGUUGGAAAACAAAUUGAGUUUAGUUUAUUCAGCUUUCGUUGUUCACCAGUUCAUAGGCACAGAAUUUUAUAAUCUCAGGUAGGCAAACUAGAUCAAGUAUUUAAGGGGCACCAAGAAAAUGCUUCUAAGAAGUUCAUCAACCCCAGUUAUUGGAAGCCUCCUCUUCCCUUUCUCUGACAGUCCAAAUAAAGAUCUUGAUACUACUUAUAGGUUGCUUCAAGGUAACCAUAGCAGAAAUUUCUUCUGUCAUGGUCAGGAAAACCUCAACUUGACAUCAUUUUCACAUAAUUCGUCUCCUCUGUCUCAUUCAACUUCAGGGUUCUCUGAAUUCAAUCAAGAAUCUGGCAGUUUUCACCUUAGAGGCUUUCGAAGAGCUAAGUCUGAAGGAAGCUUAGAAAGAUUAGACUAUAGUUCUUGUGAUAUAGCUCAGUUUCUUGAUUCCAGAACACCAAAGAAAUCCUUUUAUAGGCAUCAUAUAACAAUGUUGCAUAGUGCACCUUCUUUUUCGAUAUUCAAUGAAGGGCUUGAAGAUGGACAAGGCGGGGAGGAGGCAUUGGAGAGAACAGUUACAAUUGGAGAGAGCAUUGAUGCUGUAGGCAAUGCUGAUUUCAGCUUUGGGAAGAAGUGUAUGGAAUUGAUUCAGGAAGAAGGAGAGGAGGAAGAAGAAAGAGGAAACAGAAUUCAAAGUCCUUACAAUGAAGAAGAAGUUGAUCUUGAACCACCGAGUCCUCCCAUGUAUCUUGCAACGGGUCUUGGAAUUGAUGGUGCUGGAUUUGGUACCAUGGCUGAUGCUGUUGAUUUAAGCUCAAUGGAUCUUGAUGAGGCUAGCGAUCUUGAAGAGUUUCAUAAGAGGCUGGUUGAUGAGUACCCCUGCCAUCCUCUGUUCCUAAGGAAUUAUGCUAAAUUCUUACAGUCUAAGGGAGAUGUUCAUGGAGCAGAGGACUAUUAUCAUCGUGCUACACUAGCAGAUCCUGAAGAUGGUGAAAUUCUGUCACAGUAUGCCAAAAUAGUGUGGCAACUCCACCAAGACAAAGAUAGAGCCCUUAGUUACUUUGAACGUGCAGUUCAAGCUUCUCCUCAAGAUAGCAACAUCCUUGGAGCAUAUGCCAGUUUCCUCUGGGAAAUAGAGGAUGAUGCCGAGGGAAAUAGAGAACAACAAGAACACAUAAAGGUUGGAGAGGAGAAAACUCUCAGGGUAUCCAAGAACUCACAACCUAUAGAAGAAACUAAGGCAGCCAGCCUAUCCUUGUACCCUCCCAAUCCAGCAGACUUUGCGGUUCAUGCAGAUUAUGUUAAAGCAGCUAAUAGUAUCUGGGAUGUUGAUGUUGAGGAUUAUUAUAGGAGGAUGGUUAAUGAAAAUCCUUGCAACCAUUUGGUUCUUGGCAAUUAUGCGCAUUUUUUGCAUCAGUCUAAGGGAGAUCUUGAAGGAGCUGAAGAAUACUACUCACAAGCCAUACAAGCUGACCCAGGCGAUGGUGACACCAUGUCACAAUAUGCCAAAUUGGUGUGGGAUCUUCACCAUGACCAUAGUAAAGCCUCACAUUACUUUGAGCGAGCAGUUGAAGCUACUCCUGAAAAUAGCCUUGUUCUUGCAGCAUAUGCUAGUUUCCUCUGGGAAACAGAAGAAGAUGAAGAUGAAAACACAACGCAAGUCCAAACUCAGGCUUCUCUUCAGCAUGGAGCUUUGUCUGCAGCAAGUUCAUAGGCCACUAGAUUUUGAUACUUCGACAAAAGCUGAAGAUAUUUAGGUACUUAAAUCACUGGUCCAAUGUUUGAGUCAGCUGUCAGCCUAUUUUAAUAUAUAUAUAUAUAUAUAUAUAUAUAUAUAUAUAACAUGUAUAUUUAUGUUUUUUCAAAAUAAACUUUCAAUAUUCUAGCAAUAUUUGGGUAUUUGUAAUU